AUGAGCAAUUUAAUGAUCAAGCGUCAAGCAAGUUCAAUGUCAUGCAGUACGGUGGAAAAUCUUGAUUUAAAUGCAUUGGUUGCAGAUACAAGCUAUAUUUCAGAUGACGAGAUGGGAGAUGAGAAAUCCAUGGAUGAAGCAAGCAAGUCAGAAAGUCAAUUUGAAAAGUCUUCUGAUGUGUCAAAUAGUAGCGUAAAAAAGUCAAGUGAAAAAGUCAAUGAAAAGUCCAGAGAAGAAGAAAGCGAGUCAGAAAGUCAAAUUGAAGAGCAGUCUUCUGAAGAAUCAAAUAGUCGAAUGAAAAAGUCAAGUGAAAAAGUCAAUGAAAAGUCCAGGGAAGAAGGAAGCGAGUCACAAAGUCAAAUUGAAAAGUCUUUUGAAGAUUCUGAAGAACUGUCAAGUGAUAAAAUCAAAAGUCAUUCCAUUGUUAACGAGAGAGAAGAAAUGUUGGAGAUCAAAAAUACAGCAUCAACAAGUCUGUGA